AAGUGAAUGGGCUCUUGAACGCCCCCCUCUGGCAGCCGAACUCUUCUGCACUCACCCCGCGUUUCUAUAACAACCACAAGCAACACAGUGGCAGACAUGGUGAGAAUCACCGAGGACAUGGUCCGCCGGCGCGCGGAACACAACAACUGUGAGAUCUUCUCGCUCGAGGAGCUCUCGCUGCACCAGCAAGACAUCGAGCGACUCGAGCAUCUGGACCGGUGGUGUCGCGGUCUGCGGAUCCUCUACCUGCAGAACAACCUCAUCCCGCGGAUAGAAAACGUCGGAAGACUGAAGAAGUUGGAGUAUCUCAACCUGGCGCUCAAUAACAUCGAGGUCAUCGAAAACCUCCAGGGUUGUGAGAGUCUACAGAAGCUGGAUCUGACGGUGAAUUUUGUGUCCUGUCUGUCGAGUGUGGAGUCUCUGAGGGCCAACGUGCACCUGAAGGAGCUCUUCCUGCUGGGAAACCCCUGUGCCGAUUACCAAGGUUACCGUGACUACGUCAUCUCUACGCUGCCCCAACUACAGUCAUUGGACGGUGAGCCCAUCAGGAGGGUGGAGCGUAUUCGAGCGCUCUCAGGUCUGGAGCAGCUGAGGAGGCGUGUCCUAGAGCAGGAGGCGGAGCAACUGCAGAGAAGAGACACCAAAAGACACCGCAACCCAAAAGACACCGCAACCCACGCCAAGGAGAAGGAGGGGAGCGAUGACGAGAGCCCAGUGUGUGAGGCGGAGCGGCUAGAGCAGGAGAGGGAAUUCUGGGAAACCCCAUGUGACUUUAGCCCAGAGUCCAGACUGGAGGCACACCGCCACCUGGAGGAGAAGAGACGCCAGCGCAACACAGACAGGGAGAAAAAAACAAAGAAGACCAGAUCUCUGAUAGCUGAAGACGGAAAAAUGCUGAAUGUUAAUGAACCCAAGCUGGAUUUCACACUAACGGAGGACGAGGAGAAUAACAGCCUUCAGCUGGACUUGCAUGUUUACAGGCACCUGGACACAUCCCUGAUGGAGGUGGAUGUUCAGCCUACAUACCUCCGAGUUACAGUCAAAGGAAAGGUGUUCCAGUUGGUUCUUCCUGCAGAAGUGAAGCCAGACAGCAGCACUGCCCAGAGAUCCCAGACUACUGGACACCUACUGAUCACCAUGCCCCUGGCUCAUGGGGAGGUUAAGCCGAAGAAGUUACCUGAGCGAAAGCCUCUGAUAUCCCAUAGCAACCAGUCCUCAAAGAAACACAGCAGGCAGUGGCUGGAGGUGGACCCCAGUAGGAGGUGCUGUGUAGAUCUGACUAACAUCGCUGCAGCUGCACUUCCUGCUUCCCCGUUGCCACAGAAACCACAGGACGUAUCGGUGUCCAAGGACUUCAUAGACAACCCAGAAGUCCCACCUCUGAUAUAAAACAAACACACACACACACAUUUGUAUCUCCACACUGAUGUAUCUCAAUGACAUACAUAUCACACACCAUACUACUAGUGUGUGUGUGUGUGUGUGGGGGGGGGGUAAGUUCAGGAUCUGUGGGUACUUUAAAAGAAUGAGGUCAGAACUCUGAUAUUACUUUGCUUAUUAAAACACCUCCUCACACACACUGGUAUACGACCUCCACACAAACAUACAUACACACCCUCAUGCCCCACAUGCAAACUCAGCACACACACACCUAUAUUCACACAGCUGGAUUUGACCUCCGCGUGUGUCUGAGAAUGUGUGUGUGUGUGUGUGUGUGAGCAUACAGGUAGCCGUGUAACCUAGUAUAUAUAUAUGUGUGUGUAUGUACAUGUUUUUCUAACAUGUUUCACAUUAUGUGAGGUGUAAUGGCUCGCAGACUAAUAAAUGUCAAAUGUUUCA